UUCUGCCUGCAAUACAAUUAAUCUUUGUGUUCUACAUGUUUGGAUCGAUCAGAGGAGAUUUCUUGGUUGUUGCAAUUUUACCCUUGAUGAUAACAACCACCAGAUUUAAUUGGAACAUUACAUGUGGGCACGUGAUGGGCUGUUCACUUUUGGGGACUAGAUUGAUGUGGUUCAUUUUUUCGUUACUGACGAAUACAAUACUGAUGUGUUUCUACAUCAUGGCACUGGAUUAUGAAAAAGAUGGUAUUGCAUGGGCCAGUGUCUUUGGUUAUGCACACGUAGUAUGGACAGUUGUGCACUUUGCAUCGUCAUUUUAUGAUUGGGAUUAUCCUUUUGUCAUCUCUGCGUAUGUGUUUGGAUCAGUUGGUGUUGUUUUAAUCAGCGCUGUUGCUCUGAUGACUGAACUGAUACUGAAAACAGUUAAUGGUGAAGGUCCAAUGGGGGAUUUGAGGACUGUUGUGUUUAUUUCGGAAAGUCUCUUUAUCAUAUUUUUGCUGAUUUUGAUAGUAUUUGAACCAUGGAUCAAAGCUCGUCAGCGGCUUCAUCAGGAUUUAAACACACAGACUCAGGAGCUGUUGAACUUAAGUAUCGCAAUGGAUGUUGCUUUAAUGAACAGAAUAUUGAAGACCUGUCCUCACCUGAGCGGGAAGCUGUGGAGCAGUUGAUACCCGGUUAUCGCAGAUCCUACGCGAAGUACAGCGCCCAGUUCACCCAGGCUCCAGACAUCCACAAGCGACCGAGAAGUGCAAAAAGCGAACACCC